CGCUGAGGAAGGUUUCGUGGGGGUGCGAACAUCUGGCAGCGUUCAUGUGGUGCGCAUGCGCAGUGCACAGUGCACAUUACGACCAUUACAUCAAAAAAUGGCGGCGGCCGUUGAGAAUGUUGUUAAAGUUAUGGGAGAGCAGUAUUAUAAAGAUGCCAUGGAGCAGUGCCACAGUUACAAUGCUCGGCUGUGUGCAGAGAGAAGCAUUCUCAUGCCUUUUCUCGACUCCCAGACUGGAGUGGCUCAGAGCAACUGCUACAUCUGGAUGGAGAAAAGGCACAGGAGUGCAGGUGUAGCACCAGGGCAGCUCUACACAUACCCUGCACGCCGCUGGAGAAAGAAAAGACGGGCCCAUCCACCAGAGGACCCUGCUUUGGUUUUCCCCCCAAUCAAAACAGCCGAACUUGAAUUGGGAUUGAAAAAAGAUGGGUUGGGGCCUUUGGAUGGAAGCAGCCUGGAGGCUUUGCUAAAGGGAGAACCUGUGGAUAAGAGAGCCGCUCCAGAGCUUAGGGGCCCAGAGGAAGAACAGGGUCUGGCAGACAUCACAGGCACUGCUGGGGCCAGUAGCCACAGUGGAUCCACACGUGUGAGAAAGAGAAUCCUAGAACCAGAAGACUAUCUGGAUGACCUGGACGAUGAGGACUUUGAGGAGGAGACCCCAAAAAGACGGAAAGGAAAAUCUAAGGGUCGUGGAGUUGGAAAUGGGAAGAAAAAAACAGAAGCAGCUGCAGCAGCUUUGGAAGAUCGUGAUAAACCAUAUGCCUGUGAUAUCUGUGGAAAACGCUAUAAGAAUAGACCAGGCCUGAGUUACCACUACACCCACUCUCACUUGGCUGAAGAAGAGGGAGAGGAAAAAGAGGAAGCUGAGAUCCACACUCCUGCACCACAGGAGGAAACCAAGACUCCUAAGAAAGGUCCCAAUGGCUUGGCUCCACCAAAUGAUUACUGUGAUUUCUGCCUGGGUGACUCCAACAUGAACCAGAAGACUGGCCUGUCUGAGGAGCUGGUGUCCUGCUCUGACUGUGGACGCUCGGGCCAUCCUUCUUGCCUGCAGUUCACAGCAGUGAUGAUGGCAGCGGUAAAAACAUAUCGCUGGCAGUGCAUUGAAUGCAAGUGCUGCAACGUUUGUGGCACGUCUGAGAAUGACGACCAGCUGCUGUUCUGUGAUGAUUGCGACAGAGGAUACCACAUGUACUGCCUCACUCCUCCUAUGUCUGACCCACCAGAAGGAAGUUGGAGUUGUCGUUUGUGUCUGGAUCUUCUGAAGGAGAAGGCUUCCAUCUACCAAAGCCAGAAUCCUACAGUAGAGUAAUCGCAUCGACAGGACUGCUCAUGAGACAACACAUGAUCUCACACUCCCUUUGAUCAAGUUCAUACACACCAACUAAAUAUCCUUUUUACACUACAUGAUCUAGACUUGGAUGUCUUCACAUCAUAAUUAGCCUGGUGUGGCACAGCUGAGGAGCUGAGAAAGUGGAGUGGGAAGGAGACCUUUAUUUGGCAGCACUUGUGCAGAGACCUUCACUUCACACCACAGUUGCAGCAUUAUUGUCUGACACAUUACUACAUAUAUUAAGUGUUUUAAAUGAUUUGAGCACUAAGGAAAGUAUAGAAAGUGAUUAUUUCCAUAAUUAUCCCUCACUAAUGGAUAUGAAGAGCUGGGUCAUGUUAUAUCUGUUGCCAGAUUGUUGUUUUUGUUGUUUUUUUUCCCCUUGCUUGUUUACAGUGCAUGUCAGAAGAAAUCAAAUGGCCUUAUCCUGACAAAAUUAUGGCGUAUUUUAAUAUCUAUAUGUAUCGAAAGUACACUUUUAUUGUUGCUGAGUUUUUCCUUGCAGGAAUUAAUGGUGCCAAGGUCAACAUUAUCAAAAGCAUUUUUCCUUCAUUCAUUUCAGUAUUUGACAAACUGUGGAAUUUUGUGUCUGUUAGUAUUUGGUAAUGAAUGUGUUAUGCUGUCUUAUGUCCCUUUUAUAUUGCCCUUUCUUCAAUAAACAUACAUGUAACACAA